AUGGAAUAUGAUGGAUUUGGUUUUAAGAUUUUACAUGACUUAGAUGUCGAUAGGUUUGGUUAUCUAGACUUAGAGGAUGAAGUGCAAAACCUUGGAUACACAAGUUGGGGUCCGUUUUAUUACAAAGUUCCAGGGGUUGAAGGGCCUGAUUCUAUGAGACUUGUCCAUAAUGAUGAUGGAGUAAUGGAGAUGAUUGGAUAUGUUCAGAAAGGAGAGAAGGUAAUUGAUGUUUAUGUGGAUAACUGCUUGGAAGAAGAAAAUGAGGGUGAUCAUAAUUACUCUGAAAUUCAGACUCAUGAAGAUGAGCAUAUUGUGAUGAUACCAAUGGGGAAGGACAGUACUGAGGGGAAAGGCUUUUCUGAUAGUGGUGAAGAUGAAGAUUAUGUGCCUGUAGAUGAGAGUUCAUCUGAUGAUGGAUUGUCAGAUCAUGAACUUGCUUCAGAUGAUGAAGAGAGAAUUGUUGCCAGGAGGAAUUUUAAGGAAUAUAAGAGGGCUGCUCCAUCUGAGGAGGAUAAACCAAGAGGAAGGCCAAAGAAAAACACCCAAUCUUCAUCUGGAGUUCCUGUUGUGGAGCCAAACAAUUCAUCAAUUCAGAGAGGAACUAAGUUACCAGUUAGAAGGAAUGUGAACCAUCGACAUAGUUCAACGGUUCAAAAAGAGAGGGCAAUGAUUUCUGCUCAUGUACCCUCAGGAGAUUCAAGAUCAAUUGGUGCAAGCUCAAGUGAAAGGAGGACAGUUGCCACAGGCCUAAGAGAUGACAAUGUUUGCACUCAAGAGAGUGCAUUAGACAAUUGA